ACAUCAGCACAAAUGCUUGAACAAAGUCGGAAUGUCUUAAUUAUGCAAUUAUAACUGCAGCUCCGAAGUGGUUAGCCAUGAAGAAUUUAUGGGACUAAACAAUUAGUGCAUUUAUAACUAAGUGGGAGGGCUUGAUUAAUGAUGAGGAUUUGGCACCAGUAAUAUCUCCUUUGUAUAAUCACAUCCACACACGCAUUGCAGAUGAGAUGGAGUUUACCUCAAUAUUUUUAUAUGCCUCGUUUUGUUUUAUUUCUUGGAUUUUGAAGGAGUAAAAUCCAGCAUUGUUCAAAUUCGUUACGUUCAAGAAAAGGGCCCCAAUCAGCUCAAGUCACCUCCUCCCUUUUGUUUUGAGAUCUGCAAUUCUUUUUGCAGUAAAAAUCCUAGCUUUUCUUGAAUUCCAAAUACCAACUGGGUUCUGUUUCAAGCUACUGCUCUAGGAAAUCUCCCAUUUGUUGGAAUGCAAAUAUGGAUGGGAAAGGAACUAUCUCAGAUUAUAGAAGCAAGAUGGACACAACACUAUCCUCACCCGACUUGACAAACCACGAAAGGCUUCAAACUCUAGUGAGGAAUCAAAUCCUGCAAUCUUCGGAUCUUCAGUUUGAAGGAUGCGUUGAGAAUGUGGUCGAGAGGAGGAGCAACGAGGUGUCCAAUUUUCUUGGUAUGUUGAGGAGCACUGCCUUGGUGAACGAUGCUGACAGAUCAAAUACUGCCUGGAAAGUGAAACAGGACACUGAAGAAUUUAGGGUUAUGUACCGGGAAGGACCCGAAGGAACCCCCUUUCACACACUGCUUGUCGAGGGCUACGUGGAUGGGCCACUUGAUGUUUGUCUGUGUAUUUCAUGGGAGACUGGCCUCUACAACAAAUGGUGGCCUCAAACUGCUAUUCCGACUUUCAAAGUCAUUUCAUCGCGUUGUUUGCAGAGAGUUGGAGCUGGCGAACAGAUAUCAUUAGUGAGGAUGAAGGUUUCAUGGCCACUAUCGAGCAGAGAGGCCGUGAUUCAUUAUUUUGUAUUCGAGUACUUCCAAGAAGAUCUAAUGGUGGUGGUCAUCAACUCGAUCUCGGACUCAGAGACAAUCGACAGACAUAGUCAUGGAUUCACGAGGGACGGGAUACCUAAUGCAGAGGAAGUGGUGAGAAUAGAUAUGGUGGGAGGUUUUGCAUUGCAGAAGGUGACUGCAGAGAGGAGCUACUUCCGGACGAUAGCAAACAUGGAUAUCAAGCUAGACUUUGUUCCUCCCUCGUUCAUCAACUUCGUCUCAAGGCAGCUCGUAGGCAGUGGUUUCAAGCUCUAUAAAAAGGAAGUUGCUUCCGUUUCUAAAGGCGAUCAGAAGUUUUGUGAGGCUUUGAAGGAUCCACUCUAUGCUCGUAUCCGUGCAGCUCUCGACUCAGAAAGCUCAGCAACUGUAGCAAAUCAGAAAGGCGGUGGAGAAGGUGACAAUGCGGCCGACUCAGAAGCCAAGGAUGCAAGUUUGCAGCUUAAAGGAAACGAUACAGAAGCAAGUUUGCAAGUGUUGGAUGAUUGCAGCUUGAUAUCAUCAAAUUGUUCAAGUGAUGAAAGUAGCUACAAGGAGGUGUUGGGUAGUUGCAGUGGCGACGAGGAAGAAGGUUCUAGAAGCGAAGCAGGGAAGAAGGUUCCUAUCAGUGGGGAGGUAGAGAAGGCUCUGGGAACAUUAGAGAAGGUCAUUGCCAUAUUCAAGGAGCAGAGAAGUAAGUUUGAGAGAUUUAAUUCAACUAAAGUAGAGCAUGAAGAGAUUAGUAGAAACUGCGGUGAAUCUUCAAAUAUAGAAAUGCAAAACUUGACUUCAGUUGAACAAGGAAUGAGCUUGGAGAAUCAUGCUUCCAGGGAGACGACUCAUAGCAAAAUUGCGGCGGAGAGCAGCGCCUUGCAAUUGCAACACAAAAUUGAAAAUAAUUUGGAGGGUGUGAAAGUGAGUAGAAACAAAAGCCAUAGGCUUUGUUGCUUGCGUUUCAUUUACCAAUACUGAUCGAGAUGAUUAUGUAUUUUAUGUACAUGGUGUUGUGGAAGAAAUUAAAAUUAAAAUAAUGAAAAUGAUAAAACCUAGUAUACGAGAAUCAAAAGAAAAGAGACCCACUUGUCUGAGGGUCUCAUUUAUUUAUUUAUUAUAUACGAAUUAUAACUUUUAUUGAUUAA